UGGUCCGGUGGGCGAGAGGGGUGCGGCCCCGGGGCAGAGCCGUGGCCAGGGCAGCCAGCCCUGUAGAUGGUGCUGCUCGCCGGGCCGGGCCGGGCCCUCCCUCGCUGCUGGAGGAAGCAGGAAGAGCCGGGCUGGCCGCCGGGGCAGUGGCCGGGAGCCGGGAGCCGGGGCCGCGGUCUAGGGGCUCUCUCCGGCCAUGGUGAACCUGGGGCUGUCGCGGGUGGACGACACCGUGGCUGCGAAACACCCGGGGCUGCAGGAAUACGCCCUGUGCCAGUCCCACGCGUUCAUGAAGGGCAUCGGGACCUUUCUCACAGGCAUCGGAGCAGCUUUCGUUCUUCAGAAGCUGAUAAACAAGAAGCUGCCCUACCCCCUGCAGUGGAACAUGCUGCUGUCUGUAGUUGCAGGUUCAGUCGCCAGCUACGCCGUGACCAGGAUAGAGACCCAGAAGUGUUCCAACCUCUGGAUCUACCUGGAGACAGGGCAGUCCCCGCAGGGAGUAGCCAAGGAAAAUCUCCACAGUCCAGAUCCCACAGAGAAUGCAGAAACGAGGAUGAGGAGAAACAAAUAUGGAGACGACAUGGAAUAGCUGGGGGAGCCUGGAGCUCCGUCCCGACUCCUUUAUGACUUGUACUGCGUGUGACCGGGGCUAGAGCUGCAUUGCAACGCCUGGGGAGCGAGAAACGUCCCCUCCACUGCCGAUUCAUGAGGCUUGGGGAAGUGCAGGGAAGGAUUUAGGGUGGGGUGGAGGUGGGGUGUGUAAAGCCCAGACGGACUUUGUUUGAGCAGCAAAGGUUGGAAAAGUAAUACAAACAUAUAGCUAAAAA